GGCGCGUGGGGGCGGCGCGUGUUGACAGCGGCGGCGGCGGAGCCCGGCGGGCGGCGGGAGUCGGCGCCUCGGGUUCCUGCCCCUGGUCUCGCGGCGGUGCGGACGGGCGUCCCGGGAUGGCCUUCAUGGAGAAGCCGGCGGCCGGCAAGGUGCUGCUGGACGACACGGUGCCGCUGACAGCAGCCAUCGAGGCGAGCCAGAGCCUGCAGUCCCACACGGAAUAUAUCAUUCGGGUGCAAAGAGGAAUUUCUGUGGAAAACAGUUGGCAGAUUGUUAGGCGAUACAGUGACUUUGAUUUGCUGAACAACAGCCUGCAGAUUGCAGGCCUAAGCCUACCUCUUCCUCCAAAAAAAUUGAUUGGUAACAUGGAUCGUGAAUUCAUAGCUGAGAGGCAGAAAGGUCUUCAGAACUAUCUCAACGUCAUCACCACAAAUCACAUCUUGUCUAAUUGUGAGCUGGUUAAGAAGUUUUUAGAUCCAAACAACUACUCCACAAACUACACGGAGAUCGCUUUACAACAGGUUUCCAUGUUCUUCCGAUCGGAACCCAAGUGGGAGGUGGUGGAACCGCUGAAAGACAUAGGUUGGAGGAUAAGGAAGAAAUAUUUCUUGAUGAAGAUUAAAAAUCAACCGAAGGAACGCCUAGUGUUAAGCUGGGCUGACCUUGGCCCCGACAAGUAUCUGUCAGAUAAAGAUUUUCAGUGUCUAAUCAAACUUCUGCCUUCCUGUUCGGUGAGUACGAGUCCGUCUGUUAUCUUGGUGCUGAUGACCGAUCCACAGUGUUUUCUCAUGGGAGACCAUGGGCAGAAGAGCUGGAAACAGUCUACAGGCUCAGAAGAACGGAGAGGUAGAGAGGAUUUCAGAUCAGGCGCUGACCUUGGCCCCGACAAGUAUCUGUCAGAUAAAGAUUUUCAGUGUCUAAUCAAACUUCUGCCUUCCUGUUCGCCUGCAGAGAGUUGUUGCAAAGUGGUGUCAAACUUUUCAUCACCCAGUGGAUUUGCCAGCGUGUGCUGUGGAACUAAAAUGUGUAUCUGUUCAUUUCAAGUGGCCGUGUUGGAGUCUACGCUGUCUUGUGAAGCCUGUAAAAAUGGCAUGCCUACCGUCUCCCGGCUGUUACAGAUGCCAUUAUUCAGUGACGUUUUACUAACCACUUCUGAAAAGCCACAGUUUAAGAUCCCCACAAAGUUAAAAGAGGCACUCAGAAUUGCCAAAGAAUGUAUAGAAAAGAGAUUAGUUGAAGAACAGAAACAGAUUCACCAGCAUCGAAGACUGACAAAAGCUCAGUCUCACCAUGGAUCUGAAGAAGAAAGAAAAAAGAGAAAGAUUCUAGCUCGAAAGAAAUCAAAACGAUCUGCUAUUGAAAAUAGUGAAGAACAUUCUGCAAAAUACAGCAACUCCAAUAAUUCAGGAUCUGGGGCCAGCUCGCCUCUCACAUCCCCGUCAUCACCAACCCCACCCUCUACAGCAGGGGUGUCCACAUUACCUCCACCUCCUCCACCUCCACCUCCACCAGCAGCAUCCUUGCUUCCUGCGAGCACAGAGGCGCCCACACAGCUCCCGCCCCAGGCUAUGAAUGGCGUGAGCAGAGGGGCCUUACUCAGCUCCAUCCAGAACUUUCAGAAAGGAACUUUGAGGAAAGCCGAAACCUGUGAUCAUAGUGCUCCUAAGAUCGGCUAGAGCUUUGUGUUUACACUUGGAGGGAGAAGUCCUUUUUUUCCCCUUCUACCUCCAACCCCUAAAAGUACUCUCUUCCUGGAUGAAUGACUGCUGAGCCAGUACAGCCACAUACUAUCUUAUGGAUGCUCAUGUACGGGCCUUUCCAAGAGGGACAUACUCAAGUAGAAUGAAAUCAGGCUGGCAUUGCUGUCUUAAGAAGCAUUUUGCUCCUCUACUACCAUUUUAAAGAAAUCUUGUUCAUCCUUCAGUGGGCAUAUUUUUGGGGCAGCAGCAUAUUGGAAUCAGUAUUUCUACCAACUGAAGGAAAUGGACAAAAGAGAAAGAGACAAUAUUCAGUCACGGCAGUGAAUGGCCUUUGUGUAGCAGUCCCUAUCCUGUCAGACAGCUCCUAAAAACAUUCCUCUCAUAGUUCAUUUCUGUUCUAAAGCAUUUCCUGGUUCUUAGGUAAAUUCCCAUUUUCUGCAACCUUAAUUUCAUCUUAGACAUUAACACUGUAGUCCAAAGCAUAGUUAUGUCGCUGAGUCAGAGGAGCACCUGAGUUCUUCAUUUUCCUGCAAAUACAAUGUCGAAAGUUAACAUUCUCGAAGUUCUCCCAGGAAUACCAUUGUGGUUACAGAACUCAGGGCUGUGCCGGCAACUGUUCUAGACCUAGCGCCUAGUUCCAUUUAGUUAGGAUGUAUUCAAGAGACAAAAAAAAAGGUAGUAUCAGAAAUAGUUCUUGCCAAUUAGAUCGCAAUCCUCAGCAAAUUAAGUCGUUUGUGGUCUGUGGCCGGGGGUUAUUACAACUAAAUUUGGCACCAAUAGAAAUCCUGAUUUUUUAUUUUGAAUCCAAAUAUAUCAUCUUUUUAAUAUAACUCAUUUAUUAGAAAUAUCUUUAUCCUAUGAUUUGUUUAAACCCUUAAAUUGCACUUUAAAGGAUUAUAAAUAAUCCAUUUAAAAAUUCAAGUACACACAUCAGUGUUGGUCACUAUGCAGAGAAUGUCAUUGUGUAUAGUUUCACGUAAUCUGUGAUAAAUGUUCAGCUGUAUUUUUUAUUAAAAUAAACCAUGUCAAGAAAGUG